AUGGUGAGGCUCAUAUACCACCACUCUCCCGCCCACGCCCACGCCCACACCCACGCCCACGCCAACGCCUCCCGCCGACCGUCGACCUCCCUUCACACUACUGUUUGGAUCUACGGCCCGAUCGCACGGUGCCAGCGCCAGGAGCAGGCUCAGGCACACCUCCGCACACAACUUGCAGACCUCUCGCGACCUUCUUCCAGCAGUGGCAGCGUCGGCAGUCGCAGUCUCCGCCGUGCACCAAGAUUUGACGAUUUCACGCCAUCUCGUCUGCGAUCGACCUCUGUCGGCCCUCCCGAUCGUCGCGCAGACUCACCAACACGUCCAGAGCCUUCGCCUCCACCACGUGCAGCAUCGUCGCCACCACGGCCAAUUCAUCAUCGGCGAGCGACUAGUGCACACUUUGCCACCUCAGCACCUCAUCCAGCACUUCGAAUCUCUAAGCGAACACAUUCUGCCAUCUUGUAUGCGCUAGAAGAGGCCAUUCGUAAGCCAAACCCCUUCACCGCCGACGAGAUUGAGGAGAACGCUCAGAUGUCAGAUCUCGGCGGUGGCAGCACUGCCCGAGCAUCCAAUGGCGGAGCACGAACAGGAGGACCUGUGCCAGUGUCUGGUUCCAGCAGCACGCCGAUUAGGACUCCGCGUGAUGUGAUGAGAGAUCGCAAUGCACGAGAAGCAAGACGGCAAGAGCAGCAACGGGUAGAGGAACAGCAACGGGUAGCUGAGGAGAGACGAAGAAGUGCUGAGCGGAGAGCUGCCACAAUGCCUGGAGCCGCGCCGAGAUUCUCCAACACCUCAAGUCAAUACAGCCCGGAUGUGAGAGCUGCAGAAGGCCAAUUCGACCCCGGUCAAGCGGAGCGAAGGAGUAGUCGCAUCGCUGGCGAGGUUGCAGGCACCAAUGUUCUUGGCGAACCGACGGGUAGAACAACUUCGGAACCGCCGCCCAACAGGACGAGAGGCUCCAGCAUACCGCAGGCCGGCCCUUCACAACCAGCUGCAGCUACAGCCGGUGCUUCACGUCGAACACAGAGCAGCCAGGCAGGACCUCGCCAACCUGCUCCUGCCGCAUCGGCUGGCGCACAUGCUGGAUCGGCUGGUGCUGCUGCUUCGACUGUGGGAGAGGGAUCACAGCGCGGUGCUCAAUCAUCCUCAUUUCCUCACGCGUUUGAGAGAUGGGAGACCUUGUCGUCACACUGGGAAGGUCUGACAUCCUACUGGUUGCACAAGCUCGAACAGAAUACGGAGGAGAUACGUGAAGCGGUGCCUAACGCCUCAACCCUGAACAGGCAGAUUACCGACCUGUCCGCUGCUGGAGCAAACCUCUUCCACGCCGUCGUCGAGCUUCAACGAUUACGAGCUAGUAGCGAGCGUAAAUUUCAGCGAUGGUUCUUCGAGACACGAGCCGACAAUGAGCGCAAUCGCGAGAUUCAGGCGGGUCUGGAGAGACAACUCAAGAUCGAACGCCAGUCGCGAGAAGAGUCUACACGAACUCAAGCUGAUGCCAAUCUUGCCAUCGAGAAUGCAAAGCGAGAGGUUGCUGAAAUGAGGCGUGAGCUCAUGAUUUCGAAAGAUGAAGCUCGCCGUGCUUGGGAAGAGUUAGGCAGGAGAAAUCAGGAAUCUUUGGAUACCGCUCAAAGCCUGAAAGAGGGUAGAGUCACUUUGGUUAGCGGAGUCCAAGUGGUGCCGUACUUUGGUCAACCCAGUCGGACAGGCAGUGCAAGUCAAGGAGCAAGGCCAGUCACCCGGGAUGGGCAAGGAUAUGGAAGUGCUGGCCUAGCAGGAGCUGCAGGACUUGCAAGCCCUGACGAUGGGAGAGAGUACUAUCGUGAGGAAGGUCCCUCACCAUCCAACACCGAUCCGUUCACGGAUAGCGGACGACACCCACCACCACUGCAUCAAAGUCUUGCGCAGGGCACGUACUACCCACAUGGAACAACACCGACAUCACAAGCAACAACGUCAACCGCGAUACCUGCUACAUAUCAAGAACAAGCUUCACCAAGCCAACAGCGUGGCGGUGCCGCAGCCUUGGCCGCGCAGAUCGCAGGUGCAGAUCCUGAACGCUUCUACCAGCAUGCCGGUCCAGGAACGUCACUACAUUCAUCACAGACAUCGUCACAGAAUGUGCCCGUCCCUGCAGCACAAACAGCACCAAUAAGGCGAGAGGAUGUACGUUCAGAUCCUGGAUCCUAUCUCGAAUCCGAGCUCAGCGAAGGUGACACUGAAUAUGCCAUCGAUGCGGGUGGUAACAUUCGCCGCGAUGAACAAGGUCGCCCAAUAGUCUUCCGUCGACGUGGUCCUGUACGCAGCAUUGAGAGUGAAGACGACUUUGACACCGAAGAAGCUGUUCGUCGUGAACGCGAACUUGCAGCAAGAUAUGGUGGCGGUGCCAUUCCCGAAGCUCCUUCCGUACCUGCUACCAGCGCGCAAGCCAUGGAGACUUUUCAGGAGAGUGCUGGGCCGGACUAUUCGGGACAGGGAUACGACAACUACCAGCAAUAUAUUCCGAGACAUCAUCACCCUACCCGUCUGAGCGAUGUCCUGGAAGAAGAGGAAGAAAGAAGCUCGAGACGGACAGGACCGGAAUAGAAUGCCGCGUCCACUGCGCCACUAGAGCCAAUGACGCCCGAGAACACCGACUCAACGGAGGAGAUUAUCAGGGACCUGCAAUUGGGUACAAAAACACCCGCCAUUGAGACUGAUACAGACAUGGUGCAUUGGUGGGAAAUGGUGAGAGGCUGUGAUGGAAGUCGAGAUAUUCUUUUCAACUGAACAUACGUACCACGAAACUCAUUUCGUAGCGUUGGCGUUUGCAUUGGAGGGAGAGAAGGAGAGACGCAUAAGUGAGCCAGCCAGCCAGCCAGCAACAGCAGGACGGGAGGGAUCUAUCUCUCAUUCGAAUUUCCUUGGCAUAGCGAGGCGCGCUUUUUACUUUUCUGCUCGAAUAUUUGCGAGCGGCAUUGGUUGAGAUACCUCUGAAGCGAGCGGAAAGCAUCUUUUUAUUUCAG